UAUUUAUUCCAUACUAGGUAGAUUAAAUAUAAUGUAAUGCAAAUAUUUCAGUCAUUAGUCAUUAUUGAGGUUGUUGUCUUUUUUACCACUCCCAUUGAACACAGAUCACUUCAGAUAAGUCCCUAUUGGUCUUUGAACUUCAGCUGUUGAGACAUCGCUCGCCGGUGAACAUAGUUCUGACAGACGAUUGCAAGUUUGGUGCUGAAGUGUGGAAAAGGGUGAUAGUAAUCACUGAAGAUAAAUAAUGACCGUCCACGAGCCAAAAGACAAAAACAAUGGCGUGUGGCUGAUCUUUUUCAUGCUGGGCUUAGGAACGCUCCUGCCAUGGAACUUCUUUAUGACAGCCACCAUGUAUUUUAGCAGCCGUCUCAGAGACCGCUCCCAAAUGGGCACCAACCUGUCAGGCAAUGGGACCGGGGCAGAAGGGAACAACCGUAGCCUUUUGGAGGCCAAGUUCAAUAACGUAAUGACACUUUGUGCCAUGGUGCCUUUACUGGCCUUCACCUGUCUCAACUCAGUCCUGCAUCAAAGGAUUCCUCAGAAGUUUCGGAUCAUGGGCAGCCUGGCAGUGAUUUUGGUGGUGUUUCUUCUGACAGCCAUUUUGGUUAAAAUAGAGAUGGCACCCCUCCCCUUUUUCACGCUGACCAUGAUCAAGAUUGUCAUCAUAAACUCCUUUGGAGCUAUCCUGCAGGGCAGUCUGUUUGGCAUGGCAGGCCAGCUACCUACCAAAUACACCACACCCAUCAUGAGUGGGCAAGGCUUGGCGGGAACUUUUGCUGCCUUCUCCAUGAUCUGUGCUAUCUCAAGUGGCUCGGAGAUAAAUGACGCUGCUUUUGGAUACUUCAUCACAGCCUGUGUAGUGAUCUUAUUGGCCAUAAUAUCCUAUGUGGUCCUCCCUAAACUGGAGUUCUACCAAUAUUACAAGACCCAAAGUGGAAACAAAAUUAGUGAUGAGGAGAACAAGCUGGAUCUAGUCAAGAAAGUGUUCCUUAACCCCUCAGAAAAUGCAGCAGAGACUAAACCUGUUUUCAAAAAAGGAGAAGAGGAGCAAAACGUGUCCAUGUUGACCAUCUUCAAGAAGAUCUGGGUCCUGGCUCUCUCUGUGUGUUUUGCCUUCACCAUCACCAUCGGCACCUUCCCGGCAGUCACUGUGGAUGUGAAGUCUACCAUCGCUGAUGGAGGCACCUGGGAGCUGUACUUCAUCCCCGUGUGUUGUUUCCUGCUCUUCAACCUCAGCGUCUGGGUUGGGAGAAGCCUUACUGCUGUGUGUAUGUGGCCUGGGAAGGACAGCAAACUGGUGCCCAUUCUUCUGGUGGCCCGUGUGAUCUUCGUGCCGCUCUUCAUGCUGUGCAAUGUUCAGCCCCGCUACAACCUGCCUAUCUUCUUUGAACACGACGCCUGGUUCAUCGUCUUCAUGAUAGUCUUUGCCUUUUCCAAUGGAUACCUGGCCAGCCUUUGCAUGUGCUUUGGGCCCAAAAAAGUUGCUGCUCAUGAAGCGGAGACAGCUGGAGCCAUUAUGGCCUUCUUCUUGUCCCUGGGUUUGGCUCUGGGAGCAUCCCUCUCAUUCCUCUUCAGAGGCCUGGUCUAAAAUUGAGCCCUGUAGAGAACAUGACCCCAAAACCCCAAAUUG